UCCAAUUUGCUGACCAGAAGCAAGAAUUCAACAAACGUCCUACCAAAAUUGGACGUCGCUCUCUGUCUCGUUCCAUUUCUCAGUCAUCUACUGACAGCUACAGCUCAGCGGCUUCAUAUACAGAUAGCUCUGAUGAUGAGACAUCCCCCAGGGACAAGCAGCAAAAGAACUCUAAGGGAAGCAGUGACUUCUGUGUCAAGAACAUCAAGCAGGCAGAGUUUGGACGAAGAGAAAUUGAAAUUGCUGAACAAGAAAUGCCUGCACUGAUGGCUUUGAGGAAGAGAGCUCAAGGAGAAAAGCCUUUGGCUGGAGCCAAAAUUGUGGGUUGCACACACAUCACUGCUCAAACUGCUGUGCUUAUGGAAACUCUGGGUGCUCUGGGAGCACAGUGCCGAUGGGCUGCCUGCAACAUCUAUUCCACUCUCAAUGAAGUAGCUGCUGCUCUAGCAGAAAGUGGAUUUCCUGUCUUUGCUUGGAAAGGAGAAUCAGAAGAUGACUUUUGGUGGUGCAUUGAUAGAUGUGUGAAUGUGGAGGGCUGGCAGCCAAACAUGAUCUUGGAUGAUGGAGGGGAUCUUACUCACUGGAUUUAUAAAAAGUAUCCCAACAUGUUUAAGAAAAUCAAGGGCAUAGUAGAGGAGAGUGUUACUGGAGUCCAUAGGCUAUACCAACUCUCCAAAGCUGGGAAGCUGUGUGUUCCAGCCAUGAAUGUCAAUGACUCAGUCACCAAACAGAAAUUUGACAACCUAUACUGUUGCCGUGAAUCAAUUCUUGAUGGACUUAAAAGGACAACAGACAUGAUGUUUGGUGGAAAGCAAGUGGUGGUCUGUGGCUAUGGAGAGGUGGGGAAAGGGUGCUGUGCUGCUCUGAAAGCCAUGGGCUCCAUUGUGUAUGUAACUGAGAUUGACCCCAUCUGUGCCCUGCAAGCCUGUAUGGAUGGAUUUCGACUGGUGAAAUUAAAUGAGGUUAUCCGACAAGUGGACAUUGUUAUUACCUGUACAGAAUAUUACGAUGCCUAUAGUAUGGACAGGUAUUCUCCAUAUGGCAUGUUGGUUGCUCCUUUCAACUUGCUAUUUGAAAUGGCUCCCUUCAACAUCUUUCUGUCCCCAGAGUGGGACUUGCCAUGUCUGAUGAUGUGCUUGCUGUAUAUGUUCCAGGCGAGUCUGCGGACACCAGAACUGACCUGGGAGCGAGUGAGAUCCCAAGUUGACCAUGUGAUAUGGCCUGAUGGCAAGAGGAUAGUACUGCUGGCAGAGGGCCGUCUGCUGAACCUAAGCUGCUCCACAGUGCCUACAUUUGUGCUCUCAAUCACUGCUACUACUCAGGCUCUUGCCUUGAUAGAGCUUUAUAAUGCUCCUGAGGGUCGCUAUAAGCAGGAUGUCUACCUAUUGCCCAAGAAAAUGGAUGAGUAUGUGGCGAGCCUACACCUGCCUACCUUUGAUGCCCACCUGACGGAGCUGACAGAUGAACAGGCCAAGUAUCUGGGACUCAACAAGAAUGGGCCCUUCAAGCCUAAUUACUACAGGUGA